CGGAGUAGCGACACUGGACAGGCAUCUCUCUUGCUCUCACGAAAAUUCUACGCGAUUGCAUCCCCAUCACAGCAUGCUUUGGAGGAGCGCACCGAGAAGGAGUGCUCCGAAUGACAAAAGCUCCAUUCAGUUGCCACAAACAUCAAUUUGCCAUGGAUUUGAGAAGCAUAAAGCGCUGGCAAGUUCCCGGCGAACUGAAGAGAGAUCCUCACACAGCAACACCCGAUGAUCUCAUUGAUCUCAAGACUUGAAGAAGCAUCUGCAGCAGUUAGUUACACUUAAGAUACUUAUUACACUUCAGACUAACGCCUAAAAUUGGCCCUUCAUCCCUCGUCCCUUAUACUAAAGCAUCUCUAUGCCUAGCUUCACAGUCUUUAAGGGUGCCAAAGAUGGCGUCCCCAAGAAAUCCACCACCCAGAAGCCAGACCAGCUCGUCGGCGAUCAGGUGUAUGUGAGAGUCACGGCAUCCGGCGUCUGUGGAACCGAUCUACACUUUCUGACACACGACAUGGUCCUCGGCCACGAGGGCGUCGGCGUCGUUGAUGCUGUCGGGCCCGACACCAAGUACCUCAAGAAGGGCGACCGCGUGGGCUGGGGCUACGCGACGGACAGCUGCGGGCACUGCGACGAGUGCAUCAGCGGCGAGGAGAUCUUCUGCCCGCAGCGCGCCAUGUACUCGGAAGCCAACCUCGACCAGGGCAGCUUCUCGUCGGGCGCCGUGUGGCGGGAGGCCUUCCUGCACCGUAUCCCCGACGCGAUCAGCGACGAGGCCGCCGCGCCGCUGCAGUGCGGCGGCGCCACCGUCUUCACGGCCCUCUACGACGUCAAGCCCAACGAGGUGGUCGGCAUCAUGGGCGUGGGCGGGCUGGGCCACCUGGCCAUCCAGUUUGCCGCCAAGAUGGGCUGCCGCGUCGUCGUCCUGUCCGGCACCGACAGUAAGAGGACUCAGGCGCUGGAACUGGGAGCGCACCGGUUUGUCGCUAUGAAGGACGCCGACCCGAGGGAGCUCGUCGAGAAGAGCCUGUGGCCGCUCUCGCGGCUGCUGGUGACCACAUCGGCGCAGCCGGCCUGGGACAGCAUCCUGCCCAUGAUGGCGCCGCGAUCGCGCAUCUACCCGCUCUCGGUCUCGUCGGGCAACCUGGUGAUCCCGUACAUGCCGCUGAUCGACAAGGGCAUUGCGGUGCAGGGGUCGCUCGUCGCCACGCGGAGCGUGCACCGCCAGAUGCUGGCCUUUGCGGCUAUGCAUAAGAUCCGGCCGGUGAUUCAGACUUUCCCCAUGACGGAGGAGGGCAUCAAGGAGGCGCUGGACAGGUUGGAUAAGGGCCAGGUGCAAUACAGGGCUGUUCUAGUGCCGCAGUAAAAAAGGAGAACAAAAAUAAAAGAAAAUAAAAGGAGAGAAAAGAAAAGAAAACGGUGUACUUGAUUUUGUUCUGAAGUUGGGGAACUUGGGAAGGCUGCCUUCAAGAUUAUUAGAAUGGAACAACAAUAGGUUAUAUUGUUGAUUAUUCACCCCUCGUUUCAAGCAAUCUCGUCAUCCGUGACUACGGUAGAUGCAUGCACGGUUCUUCUCGAUCCAGCAUACUACCCACUCUUAUCCCCGG